CGGAAAAACGCCUCGCGCUCCUGGGUCAAAAACUCCGCUUUCGCCGCGUCGCUCUGGCGCAUCAGACUAACGAAAUCAUCCAUGCGGCUCACUGCCUCCCGAAAGAGUACGCGUCGUGACCAAGACAGUAAUCAUGCAGUUUCAUGCGGCGCACAAUCAGGCGGUCGUGGCGACGUCUUUUUGCCGAGCCCAGCCAAAUACUCAUCCCAGGUUUCCGUCAGUACGAGGCGAGGGGCCACAUCCUCUUCUUCCACAUCCACUGCGUACCCGCGGUCGCGGGCCAACUGCGGCAACAUCUUCAGUGUGGGGGAAUCCUCUCCAAUGGAAUACAGGUCCAGCUGGCGUCCCCCGCCGUCGCUGAUGGCAUCCAGCAAUGCCGGAUAAAAUCGUUGCUCAGCGCCGCUGGCAAUGACAAAAUCGUUAUAGUCGAAGGUAUCGCUGUUGCCCACCAGUGUGUAAUGGUCGCCGGAACGGGACAGAGAAGCGAUGGCGGCCACGUCCCCGUCGG